AAUAACAGGUUACAAUGUGGAAAGCUGCGCUGACCUCCCCCCGGAUUCACCUCUAAUGCGAAGCCAUGUUUCGGUCUUUAAGAAGCGUCCAGCAGUUUAACUGCAACCUCCUGACUCUACAGAAACACCAAAUUAACUCUAAACUCCUAAUCUGCACAUCUGGAAUGGCCAACUCGGAGUACAGGAUUGAACGGGACACGUUCGGUGAGCUCAAGGUCCCGGCUGACAGAUACUACGGUGCUCAGACUGUCAGAUCUACCAUGAACUUCAAGAUUGGGGGACCAAGUGAGAGAAUGCCAAUCCAAGUGAUCAAGGCCUUUGGUAUUCUAAAGAAAGCAGCUGCCGAGGUGAACAAGGACUACGGCCUGGACCCAAAGAUAGCAGAUGCCAUCAUCCAGGCUGCAGAUGAGGUUUCAGCUGGUAAACUGGAUGAUCAUUUCCCUCUGGUGGUGUGGCAGACUGGAUCCGGAACUCAAACUAACAUGAACGUCAAUGAGGUGAUCAGCAACCGAGCUAUUGAAAUCCUGGGAGGAAAACUGGGCUCCAAGGAUCCAGUUCAUCCCAAUGACCAUGUUAACAAGAGUCAGAGUUCCAACGACACCUUCCCCACUGCCAUGCACAUUGCUGUGGCAACAGAGGUUCAUCAGGUCCUGCUUCCUGGCCUGCAGACCCUGCAUGGUGCUCUGGCUGCUAAAGCCGAGGAGUUCAAGGAUAUCAUCAAGAUUGGGCGCACACACACUCAAGAUGCUGUACCGCUGUCACUUGGACAGGAGUUUGGUGGUUAUGUCCAGCAGGUGAAGUACAGCAUAGAGAGAGUGAAGGCUGCCAUGCCGCGAGUGUAUGAGCUGGCAGCAGGAGGCACAGCAGUCGGAACAGGACUGAACACCCGUAUUGGCUUUGCUGAAAAAGUUGCCUCGACUGUAGCUUCUCUGACGAGCCUGCCAUUCGUCACAGCUCCCAACAAGUUCGAAGCUCUGGCAGCUCAUGAUGCUCUUGUAGAGCUGAGUGGAGCUCUGAACACGGUGGCUGUCAGCAUGAUGAAGGUUGCCAACGACAUUCGCUUCUUGGGGUCAGGACCCCGCUCUGGCCUUGGAGAGCUCAUCUUACCAGAGAAUGAGCCUGGAAGCAGCAUCAUGCCGGGCAAAGUGAAUCCUACCCAGUGUGAGGCCAUGACCAUGGUGGCAGCCCAGGUGAUGGGCAACCACGUGGCGGUCACCAUCGGGGGCAGCAAUGGUCACUUUGAGCUCAAUGUCUUUAAGCCCAUGAUGGUCAAGAACGUGCUGAACUCUGCACGGCUACUUGGCGACGCAUCCGUCUCCUUCACGAACAACUGCGUGGUGGGCAUCCAGGCCAACACGGAGAGGAUUAACAAGCUCAUGAACGAGUCUCUCAUGCUGGUCACUGCGCUCAAUCCUCACAUCGGAUACGACAAGGCGGCCACCAUUGCCAAGACGGCUCACAAGAAGGGAUCUACACUGAAAGCUGUGGCUGUGGAGCUGGGCUACCUGACCGAAGAGCAGUUUGAUCAGUGGGUCAAGCCAAGUGAAAUGCUGGGGCCAAAAUAAACUGAGAACACUUCAAAACAAAGAAAAUACUGAGUAUUUUCAGUUUAAUCAAAGUUCUUAAUAAUAAAAAAAAAUCUUGAUAAUCCUCCGAUGUCUGGUGCUCAUUACUCAAACUUUAUUAAGACAACUUUGAGUCCAUAUGAUGUAUUAAUGCAUGAAUGUUUAUUAACAGUAACAGCCGUUGCUUAACAUGGUUCAGUUUCCUCACUACUGUCACAAAUUUGUGAUUGUGGCACCAUCACAGCUUAGAUGUUAUCUCAUCCUAGUUGUUUCUACAUGAAUUGCUAUUCCUUGUGUCUUCAGGUUUUCAACUGAUGUGCCAUUUCUUCAAUGUUCCAGCUUAUUGAAAUGUUUCAAUUAAAAGUAAAAGCCUUCUGA